GAAACGGAUGUCAAUCGUUGCAAACAUGCGCAUUGAACAACAAAACGUAGAGCCGACGCGCUGGAAAUACAGCAAAUAUUAAUUUAAAUUCCAAUCCGUCGAAAUCUAAACAUCAAUAUGUCGGCGUUAAUGCAGAAACCGAAGAGUGAGAUGACACCCGAGGAGCUCCAACAGCGAGAACAAGAGGAGUUUAACACAGGGCCUCUGUCAGUAUUAACACAGUCUGUAAAGAACAAUACACAGGUCCUCAUCAACUGUAGAAACAACAAAAAGCUUCUCGCCAGAGUGAAGGCCUUUGACAGGCAUUGUAAUAUGGUGUUGGAAAAUGUAAAAGAAAUGUGGACUGAAGUACCAAAAACAGGAAAGGGAAAGAAGAAAUCAAAACCAGUGAAUAAAGACAGAUACAUUUCAAAAAUGUUCCUGAGAGGAGACUCUGUGAUAUUGGUGCUAAGAAAUCCAAUGGCAACUGGAAAAUGAUGAAAAUAUUGAACAUAAUGUCAUUUAAUUUGAUCAAGAACUUGAAUGGACAUUGGGGGAUUUAGGUUGGUAAGACUACAGUGCACAUAGCUGACCAAUCUCUGUUGACUUCCGUGGUUCAUUUGUUAACAAAAGGCCAUGCUAUUUUCGAGAUGAAGAUUCAUAGAUGGAUAAUAAUUACUAUUUACUCUCAUUGUGGAUUGAAUAGUAUUUGAGACACGAGUUAUCUCCCUUUACUUUGUCUGGUAUCAGUACAUUUCCUUGGAAUGUAUGAUGUGAUAGGAAGCCCGAGAGUGUGCGUGUGUGUGAAAGCAUUGGUACCAAUUCAUCAAGCACAUUGUUUAUAACUUCAUCAUGUUGAAUAUUGUCCAUACAUUUUAUUACUCAUUUUUAAUGCAAUGUUUGGAAACGUUCUGAUAAAAGGUCAAUGUCAUUUCUUUUAAAUAACAAAGGUAAGGUCAUGUUUCAUCUUCAAAUCGUGCAUAAAAUUCAUUCAUCACAAGCACUAAUACAAGAUCUUGCAGCUGAUUUCAGGAAGUACUAUUUGUACUCUGGAGUACAUGUAUGUGUUAAAUAUUGUUUAAAUGUUUUGAUAUAGGAAACUAUGAAUAAAUGAUUUGUAAAUGAUAAAA